ACUACUUCGCCGCGUGGAAUGCGAGUGCGUGCUAAUUCCCGAAGUCUGCCGCUCCUUUCCUAACCCGCGUAGCUAAUUCUUGUCACUAAUUCUCGUCGCAAACUUCUGGCCGGAGGAGGAGAGGAGCUCGCCAGACAAGGCCAUGGGGCCACCGCAGCCUGCCAAGGGCAUCAUCAGCAUCGAGGCCUGCGCGCGGCCGAUCGCCAUCGACCACCGCAUCAGCCUCCCCUACUACUUCCGCAUCGCGGGCACCCUCCUCCGCCAGGCCAAGAUAUAUCGAGACGAGAAGAACAUCCUCGACCUGUAUGUCAUCCUCCUGAGAUAUACAAGCUUGCUGUGUGAGACCAUCCCCAAGCACCGUGAUUACCCCGUAUUCAAGUUGAGGGAGGCAGAGUUCGUCAGAAAUGCCAACUCCUCUACACUCAUUGAUGUUGUCAAUGAGCUUGAGUCUCUGAAGCCAGUUGUGAAGCGGCAGCUCGUUGAGCAUAACAGAAGAGGUAGCCCGGAAGCUAAUGGUCUGAAUGGAACCCAUGCUGCAAGUUCAAGGACGCAAAAGUAUCCUCCAACCACAUGUUCCACACAGCCAUUUGUAGGUUCAUUGCAAAAUUUCUACCCAGAUGGGAGGCAUCACGUGGCAUCAUUGACAAGUAUCCAAACUGAUAGGCAGAUCCGCAAGCAGUGCACUAAGCUAGACUCUUUUCACUUUCUGGCUAAAUUAUUCAGAUUUGUAAAUCUGCCUUUUCCAAAAGAAGAGACACUGGCUAGACAUUCAAUAUUAGGGCCUAAUGGGCUUCAUGGACAAUGGACCGGGCCUGUUGCUGCAGUCAAGGUCCAAUAUCCAUGCAAUCUUGAAUUUACUCAAAGUGAUAUGACAAGUCUAGUGCCAGCUAUGUUGAACCAAGAUGGUCUGCAUGGUCCCAGUACCACAUAUCCCGAUAGCACUACAAAAGAUAACGAGGAUAUGAAAUCCGUUCUAUCUCUUGAUGAUGGUCGAUGGUCUGCACCAGCAGAAGAAUGCACCUCUACACCUUCUGCAAGUCUGGUGGGAGAAUUAUCCCAGUUGAAUAUCAGACAGCCUUCACCCCCACCAGUCCUGGCAGAAGUACAUCCUGAUCAUACACCCCCAAUGUCUCCAUCAAGAGUUGCUGAUCCAACACCAGGACUUGUUAUAUCAGAAACCGGUCGUUAUCAUAACUUGCAUGUUCCGGUGAAAUUGAUGGAGUGUUUUUUAAGGGUUGCUGAGGCGAACACUAAAAGAAGUUUAGAAACAUGUGGGGUUCUUGCUGGUACCCUGAAAAAGAGAACUUUUCAUGUGUCAACCUUAAUAAUUCCAAAGCAGAAAUCUACAUCUGAUUCAUGUGAAGCUACAAAUGAAGAAGAACUAUUUGAAGUUCAGGACAAGGGCUCACUAUUCACUCUUGGUUGGAUUCAUACACAUCCAACACAGUCCUGUUUCCUGUCUUCUAUUGACCUUCAUAAUCAUUAUUCCUAUCAGGUCAUGCUACCUGAGGCAAUUGCAAUAGUUAUGGCACCUACUGACACAAGAAAAAAACAUGGUAUAUUUCAUCUGACGGAUCCUGGUGGUAUCAGUGUGAUCCAUGAUUGCCCGGAGAGAGGAUUCCAUCCACAUAAAGCCCCCUUGGAUGGCUCACCAAUCUACGAGCAUUGCUCCCACGUGUACAUGAAUGCUGAUGCAAAGUUUGAUAUGAUUGACCUCCGAGAACAGUGAGAGGUAUCAGUUUCGUUGUCAUAGUUUGGCGGCUGUACUUGCGGCAGUUGAACAAAUUGCUGCCUUGAAUUUUCUCGUGCAGUGAAGAAUUGUGGAUACUGAUUUAAGUGAUUGUACAUAGCUAUAUUGCGUGUAUAGAGAUAUGCGGAGUCAAAGAUCGUUGGUACGUCUGGGGAAAUUGAGGAUUUGCGUGUAAUUCAUGCCCUUUACCUCUGGGGAUAUACAUUUUUGAGAUGAGAUGUAAGUAAAUUGUCAAUCUCAUUUUAUGCAAGGUUAAUUGUAAAA